AUGGCAUCGCCAGACUACGACUAUCUAAUCAAACUGUUGGCCCUGGGCGACUCGGGAGUAGGAAAGACCUCUCUCCUCUUCAAUUUUACAGACGGCGAAUUCAACGCUGGUUUCAUCGCGACCGUGGGGAUCGACUUUCGCGAGAAGCGAGUGACCUACACUUCCAGAAACGGCGAAAAAUCAAAAGUCCACUUGCAGCUGUGGGACACGGCCGGACAGGAGCGAUUCAGAAGCUUGACCACGGCCUUUUACAGAGAUGCGAUGGGCUUCUUGCUCGUCUUCGAUCUCGCCUCGGAGCAGAGCUUUUUAAACACGCGCAACUGGCUCUCGCAAUUGGAGUCGCACGCCUACUGCGCCACUCCAGACAUCGUCCUCUGCGGCAACAAAGCGGACUUGGACGAGAAAAGACAAGUUUCGUCCGAAAGAGCGCUCCAAUUCGCCAAAGAACACGGUCUUCCUUACUUUGAAACGUCGGCGGCAACUGGAGAGAAUGUUGAAGAAAGCAUAAUGCAUCUGCUCGACUUGGUGAUGAAGAGGAUGGACAAUACAGUGAACAAACAGUACGAAGAGGAAAAAGCGUACAAACUGGACGGCUCGCAGAACUCGCAGUCUUCGUCCUCCUCCUGUUUCUGCGGCUAA